AAAAAAAAAACAAAGAUGGCAGUGUAGAGAGCUAGGGACGAACUAUCGAGACGACGAUAGCAAAAAAUAGCAGGUUUAAGGAUUUCAGGUGAGACCGGAGUGUGUUUGUGUUGUUAGGCGGAGAGGACGCGGCUAGGCUAGGCUAAGUUCGGCUAGGCUAGCCGGGGCAGGUCGCACUGUCACAGCCGAAUAACGGAGUCACCAGCUGGAGAGCACCAACAACAAGACUUGUUUUGUCGGUGCUGGGGAGAGCAGUGCCUCCAGGCUAGCUACAUUUUCGCAUAUUCAUAUUCAGGGGGAACUUCAGUAAGCAGCCAUCACAUCUGCACUUCACUUCACUUCACAGCCCGACAUAUUUGAUAUAUUUAAUAUAGUCUGCGGUGGUGUUUACUUCCCUCAGAAGUGUUUUUUGUCAGGGGCUCACAUAUGAAUCGGAGCUUAUUAUUACGAAAGAGUUGGUACACACACAGUUGGACGCGUUGUAGGCUGUGGCUGUAAGUCCACAUUUCCACAGUGAAUAGUAAUAAUAAUAAUAAUAGCGUGUGCUGUGCGCCUGGUCUCGGUCGGAUGUCUUCCAUGGAAGAGCGAGGCGAGGUGGCGGCCGCUCCAGGCUCGUCCUCAGCCGGCUUGGGUGUCGGGCCGGAGGCCGUGGUUGCAGGUGCGGGUUUAUCCGGGAUUCAGGAAGAAUCGGGCAUGCGGAGUUUGAGAGAGGGUUCCGGUUCCGGUUCUGGUCCGGAGACAGAUUCGGACGCGCCGCCCAAAAAGCGCGUGAGGCUGCAGGAGGGUGAAGCGGGUAAGCUGGAGGAGCGACUCUACUCCGUCCUGUGCUGCACCGUGUGCCUGGACCUCCCCAAAGCCUCGGUUUACCAGUGUACAAACGGGCACUUGAUGUGUGCUGGCUGCUUCAUCCACCUGCUGGCAGACGCACGGCUGAAGGAAGAGCAGGCCACAUGCCCGAACUGCCGCUGUGAGAUCAGCAAGAGCCUGUGUUGCAGGAAUUUGGCAGUAGAGAAAGCUGUAAGCGAACUGCCCUCGGACUGCAGCUACUGCCUCAAACAGUUCCCCCGCUCCAGCCUGGACCACCACCAGUCAGAAGAGUGCCAGGACAGGCUUACGCAAUGUAAAUACAAGCGGAUCGGCUGUCCGUGGCAGGGGCCAUUCCAUGAGCUCACUGCUCAUGAGGUCGAAUGCUGCCACCCAUCUAAGACUGGCAUCGAGCUGAUGGGCAUCCUGGAUGAGAUGGAUCAGAGCCAUCGUAGAGAGCUACAGCUCUAUAACAGCAUCUUCAGCCUGCUGAGCUUUGAGAAGAUUGGCUUCACAGAGGUGCAGUUUCGGCCGUACCGCACGGACGACUUCAUCACCCGGCUGUACUACGAGACGCCGCGCUUCACCGUGCUCAACCAGACAUGGGUGCUGAAGGCACGUGUCAACGACUCAGAGCGCAACCCCAACCUUUCCUGUAAGCGCACACUCUCCUUCCAGCUGAUCCUGAAGAGCAAAGUAAACUCGACGCUGGAGUGUUCCUUCCUGCUGCUCAAGGGUCCGUACGACGACGUGAAGAUCAAACCCGUUAUCCAGCACCACGUGUUCUCCAACGACGCCAACGAGACGGAGUACGCGCCUCUGCCCAUCAGCGACAGCGUUGAGUGCAACAAGCUGCUGGCUGCCAAAAACAUCAACCUGCGCCUCUUCAUCUUUCAGAUCCAGAAAUAGGUGGAGAAUGGAGGAGCGGAGGAAGCAAAAGGAGGCAGGGAAGGAGAGGAAAGGUGAAGAAGUGACACUGAACCACACAUACCUCGAUAAGAACAAGGAUGAGAGCGCAAGCUAUUUAGAGAUGGCCUAUACAACCUGCAGUCGCCUGUGUUUGUUUGUGUGUUCCUCUAUGUGGUUAAUGGAAAUGUUUUCUGAUCCUAUAUGGUCCAAAAUGAGUGUCUGUUCAUCAAUGAUCUGACCCUACUGAUCUGUCGCUAGUUAAAAAAAAAAACCCAGGACAGUCCUGAUUGGACACCACCUUCAUAUUGUAUGUGUGGGAGUGUGUGCUUGCAUGUAAGUAUGAAUGAGUGUGAAUGCGCAAGAUAACCUAAUCAAAGCACUACAGACAAGUUGACUAUCUCAGCAUGAGUGCGUGUGCGUGCGUGCGUACGCGUGUGUGUGAGAGUAUGCAUAGAUUCUCUUGUGACUGUGAGACAGACAGGCUUGUUGGAGAUGUAAUCCACGAUGUACUGGAUUUAAUGUUUUUAAACAGCCUGCAGUUUAGGCAGUGUUACUUAAGACAUCCUGUGGUACUGUACGUGUAUGUGUGUGUGUGUGUGUCCAUGCAGUGGUUCUCUCCUUCUUAGAACCCUCCUCUCAAGGCUUACACACACACGCAUACAUACACACACAGAAUCUCAGCAGAAAAUAGGCUGCACCUGCUUUAAAUGUAUUUUUGUAAGUGAAGGGAGACAUUUUACUUGAGGUACAGCAGGUCAGGCAGCCUGAACAAAAUGGCUGCUGACCCCUCCGAAUGCAGAAGAGUGGAGUUUGCAUGUUUUUAGUUUUUCCUUGGUGUGUUCUUAGGAGCGCACACGUUUAUCCCAGUAGCAUUAUAGUCUUGUAAACUAACUUAAGUUCGAUAUUUUUAACACAAUUGCUAUUUAAAAAUCUGUGAAACUUUAUAUCUUAUUUAGAGUUUGAGUUGUCAUUUCAUAUUUUCCUCACUUAAUUCUCACACACACAGUCACACCUUUCUGUACAGCCUUUAAUGGCACCAGCUAAUCAAUCAUUCUUACUUUAUUUUAACCCGAAUGCAUUACAGUUAGCAACAAAUAAUCUCACCAUAGAAACAGACUGCCCCUACACACACACACACACACACACACACACAGAGUGAGCGAGCCAGACCAGGGCCUAAUCACAUCCCUCUGGUACUGAACUUGACUGUAACUGAUCCGUUUUGACAUACUUGAAUUCUUGCAGGGGAGAGGACUAGUGAAGCUAGACGGUGUGCUCGAUAUCGAAGAGUCUAGUUUGAACCUGUUUCUGUAUUGAAAAAGCUUUCAAUUCUCACAUUACACUCUGCCUGUAUUUGUGCCUUUCUAUUAAAGCUCAUCGAAACAAA